AUGUGGAACGCAGGUGCCAGCCCUCCGACCACGGGGGCUGAGCCCACGACUGGAGGAGGGGGCUGGCAGCCGGCAGAGCGCGGUGGGAGAGGCGGCAAGGAGGGAGUGCGAGAGGCAGAGCCCGGGCUCGGCCGGCUGGUGAGAGGGAAGAUGAGCUCUGGCAAUGGCACCUCUCCCACCACACCUCUCCCUGGGCUUCUGGAGCCAGUGCCACCCAGUGCCACAUCCCCUGAGGUGACAGACUGGCUGCCCAUCAUCGUUGGGCUCGUCUGCAUCUUCCUGGUGCUGGCCACCCUCCUCACCUUUGUCACCCUCUGCAAGCCAGCAGCACUGGGCCAGUCCUUCUCCAGCCCCCAGGAGUGCCUGCCCCACCACCCCGUGGAUGCCAGUGAGCCCCAGCUGAGGCUCUGGAAGCGUCUGGGCUCCCUGAGGGCCUCCAUCAGCAGCUUCAGGAGGAGCCAGCUGCUGUCCCAGAGCCCGCUGGCCUGUCCCAGGAGCUUCUCCAGCAGCCAGGACUGGGACAUUAUGGAGUCCACCAAAAUGUGA